AUGAAGCGAUCCAAUCCGACUUUCAAAGAUGUGCGAGCUUAUUGUGAACAAUAUCAGGACACUCGCGCCGCUAUUUCAUCCAUGCCGUCCACCAUCGAAUCUACAGCCAUAUUCAAUUCACUCAAGACUAAAUCCACGAAAGCUCAUGCUACAGCCGGACGUUUCAAACAGGUUACACAAUCUACCCCACACAAUGUGACAUAUUCGGAUAAAUCCUAUGGCAAUUGUGCAUCCUGUGGCAAACGUCAUUCCAGAUUCACAUGUCGAUUUCGUUACGCUUCAUGUCACAAGUGUGGCAAAACUGGCCAUAUUCAGUCUGUUUGUCGCAGUACCAAAGCCUGUCGUUUAAUUCAAUCUCGGGACUCAGAAGUGAGUGAUAUGGACAAACAUUUUUCUUCUUUAUCUUUGGCAAUUACCUUCCAUUCCGGUCACAUUCGUAAACAACUAUUCAGUUCCACUGGUAACUCGCUUCAUUUCAUUUUGGACGCUGGUAGUGUGGAAUCUCCAAUUUCUGUUCACGAUCUAAAACUGUUUGCUCCAGAUGCUAAACUUCAGCCGUCCACUGUCACCAUAAAUGGCAUCACUGGACACUCAUUGCCUGUUGUUGGUUCUUGUGAGAUUUCAAUCAGUGAUGAACAUUCUAAAAGUGUUACCUGUACAUUCAUUGGCCCAUCCAUACUAGGCUUGAAAGCCAUGCAAGCAUUAAAUGUCAAUAUUUCAUUACUAACCUCUAUCGAUACUGAAAAUGAAUCGAAGGAUUUGAUUAUUAAAUGCUCAAAGGCCAGUGGUGGCAUGAAAAUUCCCCCAGUAAGACUACCAGUUAAUGGCGAUCCAGUAUUUCUCAAACGCCGAGUCAUUUCAUAUGGCCUUCGUGAACCUGUCAUGAAUGCAUUGAACAACUUGUGUAUUGUAAAGAUGUCAUUUUCUGCAUGGGGUACACCAAUUGUCACACCACUCAAGUCGGAUGGCAAGACCCCCAGAAUAUGUGGUGACUACCGAAUCACCUUAAAUCCAAGACUGUUAAAGCGGACAUGUACAACGAUUGAACCAGAGGACAUUCUGAAUAAGUUGACUGGUUCUAAGAUCUUUUCCGAGAUUGACUUGAAAGAUGCAUAUUUACAAAUUCCGUUGGAUGAAAUAUCAUCCACUUUGACAACUAUUAAUAUCCCUUUUGGUUUGUACAGAUACAAGUUUCAGCCAUUCGGUUUAUCUGUUUCUCCUGCCAUAUUUCAACAAGUUAUGAAUUAUGUUACUAUU